AUGUUCUUUGAGUCGUUCCAGCAGAAGUUCAAGGAAUCGGUGGACCAGCUGAUGGAGUCGGCGGCCGCCUCCAGCUGUGCCCCCGAGCUGGUCAGCUUUAAGCCGGUGUACACGGUGCUGGAGGAGCAGACGCGACAGCACUACGAGAACGACAUCAAGGUCCUCAUUGACACCAUCAUCCGCGAGACGAUGAUCAAGCUGGCAUGCGAGCGCUCCAUUCGAAAUGGCCAACUGGAGACGCUGCUGAAGCUGUCGAUUGAGCUGGCCCGCGUGGAGGAGUGCUCGGUCAAUCUGCCGAUCAUCCUCCUCGGCGAGCUCUUCGACUGUCGGACGCUGGCCGAGUGCGAGCUGCUCUUCUCCGCCGUCGACCGCAAUCUGGCCACCUGGAAGGAGGAGCUCUUCUUCAAGAACGUCAAGAACCACCUGCUUCGCAUCUGCAAUGACCUCCUCCGGCGCCUCUCUCGCAACCAGAACACCGUCUUCUGCGGGCGCAUCCUCAUCUUUCUCGCCAACUUUUUCCCCCUAUUUGAGCGGUCCGGCCUCAAUCUGACCUCGGAGUUUAACCAGGACAACUCGACGACCUACGCGCUGCAGGCCGAGGAGGAGGGCGGUGCUGGAAAUGGAAAUGCAGAAAACAACAACGGCAAUGCCAAUGCCAACACUGACCUCAACUUUUACCGGAAGUUCUGGCAGCUGCAGGAGUACUUUCGCAACCCGACCGUCUGCUACUCUCGCGGUCGCUUUAAGGCCUUCCAGGGCCACUGCACCGACGUGCUGGCCGUCUUUGCCGGCAACAAGAUUGACGCCGACUCGGGCUUCUACUUUCAGACGCUGUCUGGUGGGAAGGGACAACAGCCAG